AUGCGCACACACCUCGAACACAUAUCGUUUGAGCCUACACUGAAGCAACCGGUGGAUACGAAACCACUUCCAGCUCCACUACUUCUUGCAGCACCACUUCCACCUACUCCAGCUACACUCCCCCCAGCUACACUCCCCCCAUCUACACUCCCCCCAUCUACACUCUCCCCAUCUACACUCCCAGCUGCACUUCCACCUGCACUUCCACCUGCACUCCCAGUUGCACUCUCAGCUGCGCUCAAUCCCAAACCGGCGUUACUCCUGUACCAGGAGGAGACUGCACAGUUUGUAAAUCUUCGAGGAAAGUUUACACACCAAACUGGUAAUGGAGUAAGCUCUGGCUGUUUCGGACUCGAUGAAACUGACCCUAUUCAGUAUAUCACCGUUGGACCAGCCGUGACUAGCUGGACUCUCUUCUCUGACUAUAAUUGUAAAGGGAACCCACUUGCUUAUUCUGGUGCAUCUCUACCAAAUAACGCCGUAUCAGCCAGAUCGAUCCAACUAAAUUGUCGUUGA